AUGUACAAGUCUAAUAGUGAUUGUGUGUGCAACUACCUGUCCUUAAAUCACACAGCGCAUACAUACCGUGUGUGCAACUAUGUGUCCCUAAAUCACACCGCGCAUACAUACCGUGUGUGCAACUAUGUGUCCCUAAAUCAGACAGCGCAUACAUACCGCGUGUGCAACUACGUGUCCCUAAAUCAGACAGCGCAUACAUACCGCGUGUGCAACUACGUGUCCCUAAAUCAGACAGCACAUACAUACCGCGUGUGCAACUACGUGUCCCUAAAUCAGACAGCGCAUACAUACCGUGUGUGCAACUACGUGUCCCUAAAUCACACCGCGCAUACAUACCGUGUGUGCAACUAUGUGUCCCUAAAUCAGACAGCGCAUACAUACCGCGUGUGCAACUACGUGUCCUUAAAUCAGACAGCACAUACAUACCGCGUGUGCAACUACGUGUCCCUAAAUCAGACAACGCAUACAUACCGCGUGUGCAACUACGUGUCCCUAAAUCAGACAGCGCAUACAUACCGUGUGUGCAACUACGUGUCCCUAAAUCACACAGCGCAUACAUACCGUGUGUGCAACUACGUGUCCCUAAAUCACACAGCGCAUACAUACCGUGUGUGCAACUACGUGUCCUUAAAUCAGACAGCGCAUACAUACCGCGUGUGCAACUACGUGUCCCUAAAUCACACAGCGCAUACAUACCGCGUGUGCAACUACGUGUCCCUAAAUCAGACAGCGCAUACAUACCGCGUGUGCAACUACGUGUCCCUAAAUCAGACAGCGCAUUCAAACCGCGUGUGCAACUACGUGUCCCUAAAUCACACAGCGCAUACAUACCGCGUGUGCAACUACGUGUCCCUAAAUCACACAGCGCAUACAUACAGCGUGUGCAACUACGUGUCCCUAAAUCACACAGCGCUUACAUACCGCGUGUGCAACUACGUGUCCCUAAAUCACACAGCGCAUACAUACCGCGUGUGCAACUACGUGUCCCCAAAUCACACAGCGCAUACAUACCGUGUGAAAUUCCAAACCUAUCAAUAA